GCAUCUGCGACCAAAUAGUUUUGAAUCCAUGAAUGUGAAAAGAACUUUUCAAAUGUUUGGUCGCAGAUACGCAGCAGCAAUGAAAACUGCAGGUCAUGCAAAUCUUUUGAUAAGCUCCAAAACAUGGAUGGAAACUGCAGGAUUUAUCGAACGUUGUAAUGAUGCAAUUGAUGCUCUCAAUACCUUAACAAAUAAAGAUGAAAAACGUCUCAAUAUGAAGCGUGUUAUAUCUGAUCGAAAUCCACAAGUUGAAAAUUGUCUCAUAGAUUUUUUAAAGUGGACAUUAAAGUGGAAAGUACCAUUUGGGAGUCAUCCAGGUUUUUUAGAUGGCUUGCCAAUGACUAUUAGUUCAAUUCUCAAUUUAUAUCAUGAUUUAAAAUUGCAAUUUGUUGAUUUUGAGCUUGCAACUGGACUGCUGAAUCAAGAUAAUGUUGAGCAUCUUUUUUCAAAAUUUCGUCAACGAGGUGGAAACAAUGCAAAUCCAACUGCUCGAGGUAUUCGAAUUUCGACUGGUCAUAUUCUUUCAAAUGGUUUUACAUACAAGAGUGCUGGUUGUAAUACUAGAAAAACUGAAAAAGAAUGUAAAUCUCUACUUGAUACUGAUAACAAUGAAAUUAGUUUAAACAUAAUAACAUCAUCAAGUUAUAAUGAAGCUCAUAAAAUUAAUAAUAAAAAUGAUUCAAUGAGUGAAGAGUGGAAUGAAGAAGAGAGCGACUCAGAAGAAGAUGAUGACGUUGGAGUACUUGAAGAUGUUGAUACACUGUAUGGUGAAACAAAAAAAUCAAAAGAAAGUGUUGAAAAUGUCGAAGAGUCACAAGAGAAUAUAUAUGAAGAACUUGACGAGUAUGCUCAACAAGCUAUCACAUAUUUUUGUGGCUUUAUAGUUCGUCGAGGACUUCAAAAAUAUAAUUGUGGGAAAUGUCGAAAUGAUUGGUUAAAAACCCCCUUAGAUCAAUCAACAAACUCUGAAGGUUACCUUCGUUAUCGUGAGUACACGGCUGACCAUGAUCUAGAGGAUCCAGAUGUAUUACAUCUUUUUCGACCUCAAGAUAAUCUUGUAAAAAUUUUUUCAUUAUUUUUGAAAAUAUUCGAUGAAAUAUGGAAUAAAUUUUGGCAUUAUUGUCCAUUAUUAAAAACAAUAAUAAUAGAAUCUAUAAAAUCAAUUAAAAAUAUUAAAAAAACAUCAGAGGAAUUCUAUUUAGUCAAAGAAUGGUUUGACAAAAGUAAACCAUGCUAUCAACAUCGAAUAUAUUUUAUGCAGUACGUAUUGAAAAUUAAAAUUAUUGCUCGUACUCGACUUCACAAUCAAGAAUCCAAAUUAUCCAACAAGAUUCAAGUGUACAAGAAAAAUAACCAAAAAUUAAAAAAUUUAUACAAUAUGUGAUGUAUACAUGAUAAUAUUGUCAAAAAAAUAAUAAAUAUCAGCACUUGGUUUACUAAUUGAUUUAUUUGCCUAUUUUCAAUGUUUGUAAUAAUUUUAGUCUUGAUAUCAUGUGUGGU